CGGGCGAGCGGCGGCGGCGGCGGGGCCGGAGCCUUUGUGCGGGAGCGGAGGGGUGCGGGAGGAGGGUCCCCGCGGCGCCCCGCGGCCCUGGGCAGGCGGCAGCGAGGGGAGGAAGCGGCGGCGGCGGCGGCUGCGCUGCGCAUUCCGGCAGGGGAACCGCUUCCUCUGCCUGCACCGCCGGGGACGCAGAGAGCUGCCACCGCCGUUCAUCCGCCUCCAGCCACCCAGCCUGAAGAUGGCUGCUGCUUCUUCCUGCAAUGUGGAAGAAGAUGAGAGCCUGAAGGGAUGUGAACUCUACGUGCAGAAGCACAACAUCCAACAGAUACUGAAAGAAUGCAUCGUGAACCUCUGCAUCGCAAAGCCAGAGCGACCUAUGAAGUUCCUCAGGGAACACUUUGAGAAAUUAGAAAAGGAAGAAUGCAAGCAAAUACUGGCUCGACAGAAAUCCAGCUCCCAGUCUGAUUCUCAUGAUGAUGAGAUCUCCCCUCCUCCUCCCAACCCUGUGGUGAAAGCCCGGCGCAGGAGAGGGGGGGUGAGCGCCGAAGUGUACACGGAGGAGGAUGCUGUUUCAUACGUCAGGAAGGUUAUUCCAAAGGACUAUAAAACUAUGACUGCUUUGGCAAAAGCCAUCUCCAAGAACGUGCUCUUUGCUCAUCUUGAUGACAAUGAACGAAGUGACAUAUUCGAUGCCAUGUUCCCUGUCACACACAUCGCAGGAGAGACAGUCAUACAGCAGGGUGAUGAAGGAGACAACUUCUAUGUGAUUGACCAAGGCGAGGUGGAUGUGUAUGUCAACGGGGAGUGGGUCACCAGCAUUGGAGAAGGAGGCAGCUUCGGGGAGCUGGCAUUGAUCUAUGGCACACCCAGGGCCGCCACUGUCAAGGCCAAAACAGACCUGAAGCUGUGGGGCAUCGACAGGGACAGCUACAGGCGCAUUUUGAUGGGCAGCACACUGAGAAAGCGGAAGAUGUAUGAAGAAUUCCUCAGCAAGGUCUCCAUUUUGGAGUCCCUGGACAAAUGGGAGCGGCUGACGGUGGCUGAUGCGCUGGAACCUGUCCAGUUUGAAGAUGGAGAAAAGAUAGUUGUGCAAGGAGAGCCUGGUGAUGACUUCUUCAUUAUUACAGAGGGCACAGCUUCCGUUCUGCAGCGCAGGUCUGACAACGAGGAGUAUGUGGAAGUUGGGAGGCUUGGUCCCUCGGAUUAUUUUGGUGAGAUAGCCUUGCUGCUCAACCGGCCGCGGGCUGCGACGGUGGUGGCGCGCGGCCCCCUGAAGUGCGUGAAGCUGGACCGGCCCCGCUUCGAGCGAGUGCUGGGCCCCUGCUCGGAAAUCCUCAAGAGGAACAUCCAGAGAUACAACAGCUUCAUUUCGCUCACCGUCUGAAGCGGCUCCCGCUGGCAAGCUGCCGGUUCGCUCUGCGCGGCUCCCUCGCUUUGUGGCGCUAAACCAAAAGUGUGCAUCUUCUGUGGAUCCUUUCUGUUCGUGUCACGCACUGGUUGUCAGUUCCAAUCUCGUGUCUCGUGUCAGUGGGAGGAUAACUGUUUGGACAAGGCUGGCCUUGGGGGAGCUCAGGCUUUCGGCUCAUGGGCAAGACCUUCACCUGUUGUUGGACGGUAGAGCUUGAAGCUGUGCUUUUGACUAUUUGGGAGUCAUACCCGUGUCUGUUCACCUUAUUAUCUUUGAUGAUGGUCUUCUUCACCUGUUGUCAAGCUUCUUUGGUCCAGCAGUGUCCCUCUGCCUGUCACUUGGAAAAGACUUCCUCCUGGUCUGAACCUCUAGCAGAGGCUUCUGAAAGCCCAGGAGAUGAGCAGCAGUUGCAUAGUUUAAGAGGCAAGGUUGGAGGAAGGUUCUGAUCAUUCCAGCAAGCCAGGGUAAAGUAGAGCUUUUGAGUCAUUUUGUUUGUGGCUUAGCUAUAGGAGCCAUACUCCUCUGUGGUACAAGCCCUUUCAGGUCUGCUUUGCAGGGUAUGCUAAGCCAAACAGCCUUGCUCCAGGCUUCUGGCUGAAGAGGACAAGGGAUAAUGUUUUGUAAGCAUUCCAAUGGAGCCUUUAGGACCCAAGUUGUUUGUCCUUAGCUUGUGUAAGUGAGGGUUUGCAUUAGAUCCCUUAAAAGUCCAAUGGCAACUUCUCCAUGGAAUGAAGUGGAGUUAUUUGUCCUCAGCUUUUGUAAGUGAGGGUUUGCAUUAGAUCCCUUAAAAGUCCAAUGGCAACUUCUCCAUGGAAUGAAGUGGAGUUAUUUGUCCUCAGCUUUUGUAAGUGAGGGUUUGCAUUAGAUCCCUGAAAAGUCCAAUGGCAACUUCUCCAUGGAAUGAAGUGGGCUU